UGGCGUCAUAUAUUUUGAAUUUUUGUUCAUUGGGUGACUGCAGGCAACUGACAGCUGUCAAUGUAGCAUGUGGCUUUUGACAGCUCCCGUUUUUCCGGCAUCGCUCUCUCUCUGCUGGAUCGUAAAACGAAGUGGUUUUUAGCAACACAACGUAGGGAAGAAUUUUAUGUGAAAUACCGUUCUAAUAAAGAUGAGCCUUGAAUUAAAACAUGGUGCUUGGUGACCAGGAUGUUUCUGAUGUGAUUUAACACAAAGGCAAGUAAAGAACAAGGUAUAAUCAUACGAUUCAUUAGCGAGAGCAAAGCUUGUGCUGCGGCGUGCCACAUUACCUGAGAAAGGGCUACAGACAAACCUGCUCAACGCGUGCGUUUUGGAUAAUUAAACGAUUUCUAGGAGUGGUAGUGUUUUACGAUCGAGUUUAAUCUUUUAAAUAAUUGAUUGGCUACCUAAUUUCGGGAAAAGAAGUUCUCGUAACAUUUCGUUUAAUACAAAAGCAGAAUAUGUCGAAAGCAGUCUCGGAAGAAGAAGAAGAUUUUCAGGGCUAUGCUGAAACUUCUAUAGAAGAAACAGUAAUCAAUCGUGAAGAAAUGGCACAGCUUGCUUGUGAAAUGGGAAUAAAUGACAAAGCACACACACAGCUUACCAGCAAAAAGGCACAGAGAGACGCCAUAUUGCGUUCCAUCGAGCGAAUUGAAAAUUUUGCUAACAAAGCAAUUGGCAUUGAAUCUGGUGCAGCAAUGACGCGGCUUGAUCGCUUAGAAAAAUGCUGGGAAGAAUUUAAGAUGGUUGCAAAUGAGCUGCGAAUGAUAGACGAUGAAUGCAAUGCUGAUGAAAAUGAAAAUUUAUUGGAUGAAGUGGAUGAAAAUUGCAUGCAAAUAGCAGAUCUUUUAAGAAAGAAGAUGAUCGUACCUCUCGCUCCAACAUUACAAGUGAAAGAAAGCGCAAGUGACAUUCAAGACAAUGCUGAAGAACCAAGCUCCUUUAUAAAAUUGCCAAACUUGUCCCUUCCUGUUUUCGCAGGAAACUAUGAUGAAUGGCUUCCUUUUCGAGACAUGUUUGAAGCAAACAUUCAUAAUAAUGCAAAGCUGGCUCCAGUGCACAAGAUAUCAUAUUUAAAGCAAUCGCUAAAAGGAGAAGCAGCAAGUUUGGUUAAUUCCUUUCCGUCAACAGGAGCAAGUUAUGCUCCGGCUUGGAACGCACUCAUUGAGAGAUACUCAAAUGAAUAUAUAUUGAAAAAGCGCUACAUUAAUUCGUUGUUACAAUAUCCCACGCUAAAUUCAUCGAGCCAAAAGGAAAUUCACGCGCUAGUAGAUACCUUCGAGCGUAAUAUCAAACUUUUAAAGCAGCUUGGAGAAAAAACCGAUGAAUGGGGCAUGUUGAUCAUUCAAAUAAUGCUUACCAAAUUGGAUGAAAAAACGCAUCAUGAUUGGGAAAAACACGCUGAAAAAAGUAAAAGCCAUAGCAUUGAUGAGCUGGUAAAGUUCCUUCAUACCCAAUCUCGAGUGUUAGAUGCCGUCACAGAAGAUCGAAUUCCAAUCGGUAAACAGAAAAAGACAAUGGAACGUCAUUUGGCCAUGAACGUAGCAUCUAAGAUACAGAAAUGUGCAAAAUGCGGUGAGCAGCAUCAUCUUCAUGCCUGUAGAACAUUUCAGAAUAUGUCGCUAGAAGAAAAGUACCAAUUUAUUACAGAAAAGAGAUUAUGCCGAAACUGUUUGCAUCCCGGGCACGUUUCCUUGACCUGCCGGAUGAGAUUUAGAUGUGCGAAGUGUCACAAAAAACAUCACGUUCUUUUACAUAGAGAUCAAACGAAUAUAGCACUGCCGGAACAAAUGGCAAACUUGAACGUUACCGACACAAACAUUGCAACGCCAUCGAUUAAUGCAGCAACUUCAUCAGCUCAAAAUCAUGUAUUUCUAUCUACGGCGCUUGUAAUGGUCAGAAAUUUGUCCGGAAAAUGGAAACUAGCAAGAGCUUUGCUUGAUAACGGAGCUCAAGUUAAUAUUAUGUCUGAAGCUCUUUGUCGAAUGUUGCAAUUGACUGGUAAGGGUCGCGGUCAGGAAUUGAUAGGAGUAGGCAAAUGUACCGUUCUGACGGCUAAAACCGUUGAGGCAGAAAUAGCGUCACGAAACUUAAGCUACAGGCGACGAAUGAAUUUUUCGGUUCUGCCCAAGAUAACAGGCUAUCAACCUGAGCGUAUUGACACUGCAUUUCUAGAAACAGAAUUUGAAUUAGCCGAUCCGGACAUAGGCAAUGGAAAUCAAAUCGAUCUCUUACUUGGUUCUGAAUUUUAUCAUGAGUUUUUGCAGCCAAGAAACAAUGGUGCAGUGAUGAUUCGCAAUCCGUUAAGAGGGUUGCCAGCAUUUAUUGAUUCAGUUUUUGGUUGGUUAGCGACAGGAAAAGGCCAAAGAGAAGAUCCAAACUCUCACAGUGUUCCACAGUCCAUCAUGCAUGUGGGUGUUAGUUCUUCGCUUGAUGACCUGAUAGCGAAAUUUUGGGAAUUAGAGCAAAUUCCGGAAGCGAUAAAAUGGACACUAGAGGAACAAGAGUGUGAAGCUAAAUUUCAGCAACAAUAUCAACGUGAUCAUACAGGCAGAUACGUAGUGAAAUUACCAUACAAAUUAUCUGGUCGUAGCUUGGGUGAAUCCAAAUCUUCUGCACUAAAACGAUUUCACCAUCUAGAGUGUCGUUUUGACCGAGACUCCAAGUUGAAAGAAAUGUAUUCGGCAGUGAUUGAUGAGUAUAUACUUCGAGGUUAUCUGAAGAAAGUAUCCAGCACAUCCGAGGUUCGGAUGGAAUGUUUCCUACCUCAUCACCCUGUAUUGAAAGAGUCGAGCACUAGCACAAAGAUUCGACCGGUUUUUGAUGGAUCGGCAAAGACAUCAAGCGGCUACUCUUUAAAUGAUGUUCUGUUGAAGGGACCGGUUAUUCAAGAAACAUUAUUAAAUCUUUUGCUACAGUUUCGCCUACAGCCAAUUGCCAUGACGGCUGAUAUCGAAAAAAUGUAUUUACAAGUAAUGGUCCACCCAGAUGAUAGACCGAUGCAAAGAAUUUUGUGGAGGAGUGAUCCCACAAAACCAAUAGAAAUAUUAGAACUUCAGCGAGUCACCUUUGGGCUAUCACCUUCAUCAUUUCUAGCCACUCGCGUGUUGCAUCAGCUUGCUCAUGAUGAAGGAGACAACUUUCCAAUGGCAAAGGAAGCACUCUUAAACCAUUUCUAUGUGGACGAUUACAUUGGAGGUGCUAAUACGGAAGAGGAAGCUGCCGAGCUUUACAAACAGCUAGUAGCAUUGCUUAGCAAAGGAGGUUUUAGUUUGCAGAAGUGGAGUACAAAUUCGGAAAGGUUGUUGGAGAGCAUCCCACCCAAAGACCGUGCUUCAAAGACCGAAGUGAAUUUCAUAUCUGAUGAUCCAGUCAAAACCCUAGGUGUUGUAUGGCUACCAGCAUCAGACCAUCUGUAUGUUCAAGCGAAUACGAAUGAAUUUGUCGAGCCUCUAACGAAAAGAAAGGUAUACUCGAUGAUUGCCAGGUUAUUUGAUCCUAUUGGUUUGGUGGCUCCAAUUGUUUCCUGGGCGAAGAUAAAGAUGCAGAAGUUAUGGCUCGCCUCUCUUAAUUGGGACGAUACAUUACCAACUGAACUAAUGAAUGAAUGGAAAGAGUUUCAUUCCAAUCUUCCUUUACUGUCAGAGUUGAAAAUACCCAGAUACGUUUGUCUGACAGAACCUACAUCAAUUCAGCUUCACUGCUUCGCCGAUGCUUCUGAAGCGGCAUACGGUGCUGUCUUGUAUCUGAGAUCCGAAGAUGCGAAUGGACAGCGAAAGGUAGAAAUUUUGGCUGCUAAAUCGAGACCAGCGCCAUUAAAGAGAGUAAGCUUAGCCAGACUAGAGUUGUGUGCAGCAGUGAUUGCUAUCAGGCUAUGGCUUCAUGUUAGUACGGCGUUGAAAUUGAAUAAUAUUGAAUCCUUUAUGUGGAGCGAUUCAACUGUGGUCUUACAUUGGUUGAAAUCUCCAUCGCACACAUGGGCAACUUAUGUGGCAAAUCGUGUUUCGCUAAUACAAGACACAGGCAAAGGGUGUAGAUGGCUGCAUGUUAAAGGAAAGGAAAAUCCGGCGGAUUUGGUUUCAAGGGGAGUUCUUCCCAUGCAGUUAUUGACAUCCACAUUAUGGUUUCAUGGUCCUGCUUGGCUAAGAUCAUCACAAGAGGAGUGGAGAGGAAAUAAUUUGUUGGAGGUGCCUUCUGAGGAAAUAUUGGAGCGAAAGAAGUUAACCGUUGCUACAGCAUCCCUUGAAUCUGUAGAUUGGUUAAAGCGGUUCUCUUGCUACUGGCGGGUGUUAAAAUUCACCGCUUAUUAUCUACGUUGGAAAACGUUUAAAAGAGAAGAGAGCCCAGGAGAAAAAACAUUUCUUUCUGCCAACGAGUUGAAGAAUGCGAAAGAGAUGAUUGUACGAAUGCUGCAAAACGCAUAUUUUCCGCAAGAGGUACGAGAGUUGUCGUCUGGAAAAUGCGUAUCUACGAAUUCACGAUUGAAAUCUCUUCAACCGUACAUCGAUACCGAUGGUUUACUGCGCGUUGGUGGCCGUCUGCGUCAAACGCUUAUUCCACACUGCAGUAAGCAUCCUAUAAUUCUGCCAGGCAACAAUCACUUUGCUAAACUAAUCGGGGAAACGUAUCAUAAAAGAACACUGCAUGGAGGACCUCGUAUUACUUUGGCGGAGAUGAGGAAAGAGUAUUGGGUGAUCAACGGACGCCGUGUUGUAAAUUCCGUUUGCAAAGGAUGCGUAAAGUGCUUGAGGGCGGAUCCCAAGCCAACUAUUCAGCCAGUCGGACAACUUCCGUUGUCUCGUGCUACACCCUCACGCCCAUUCUCCGUAGUAGGUGUAGAUUAUUGCGGGCCCUUUUAUCUAAAACCUGUACAUCGUAGGGCAGCUGCACAGAAAUCUUACGUAGCAGUAUUUGUCUGCUUUGCAGUGAAAGCGGUUCAUUUGGAACUAGUUGAAGAUCUAUCCACACCGGCUUUCCUAGCGGCUUUUCGUCGAUUCGUCUCUCGCAGAGGUCUCCCUGCAAAGGUUUAUUCCGAUAAUGGACUUAAUUUCCGCGGCGCUAAUAGUGAGCUUGUUGAAUUGUAUCGCCUGCUGAACGAUUCCCGCCAUAUAGAGGCAGUGCAUGGAGCGUCUGCCAUGAAUAACAUUGAGUGGCAUUUCAUACCUCCACGGGCACCCAAUUUUGGAGGCUUGUGGGAAGCGGCGGUCAAGUCGUCCAAACGUACUCUGCGAAAACUAUUACGCCAACAACGUUUAUCGUUUGUUGAAAUGACGACCGUGUUGGUGCAGAUUGAGGGACAAAUGAAUAGCCGCCCAUUGACACCAUUAUCAGAGGACCCUGCAGAAUUGGAUGCUUUAACACCGGGUCACUUCCUCAUUGGGACAGCAUUGUUGGCCCUUCCUGACAACGAUUUUUUGGACGUUCCUGAAAAUCGAGUCCGCAAAUACCAAUUGCUACAACAACUUGUCCAACGUCAUUGGAAGCGAUGGAAAACGGAGUACUUGUGUGAGCUGCAUAAUAACAAUCAACGGGUUCCCGCCCCUCAACGCGUAGCUGUUGGGCAGAUGGUUAUUCUGAAGGAGGACAACGUUACCCCGUGUGAGUGGCCGCUAGCUAGGAUCGUUGAAGUCCAUCCGGGGUUGGAUGGGGUAGUUCGUGUGGUGACUCUUCGUACGUCACAAGGAUUGUUUAAAAGACCAGUGUCGCGUAUAUGUUUAUUGCCAUUUGAAAGAUAGGAGAAGUGUAAAGAAAUGUAAAUUUUUUGGAAAAUUUAGGUGGCCGUGAUGUUUGGCGUCAUAUAUUUUGAAUUUUUGUUCAUUGGGUGACUGCAGGCAACUGACAGCUGUCAAUGUAGCAUGUGGCUUUUGACAGCUCCCGUUUUUCCGGCAUCGCUCUCUCUCUGCUGGAUCGUAAAACGAAGUGGUUUUUAGCAACACAACGUAGGGAAGAAUUUUAUGUGAAAUACCGUUCUAAUAAAGAUGAGCCUUGAAUUAAAACAUAGACAGCUUUUAAUUUACGAUAAAAAAAAAUCUUUUCAGGGAGACUUUUAAAUUCAAUAGCAAUCACUUAAAACCCUUAUAAUCGAUCAACGGACUGCUCCCGGCUCGUCUUAGUCCUUAGAUGUGUAUGCGGAGUAGAUGUGUACGCUCUAAUUUAUGAAUAAAUUUAGAGCUUUUUGUGCUUGUUUUGGUUUUAUGAGCCUAUUAUAAUUAUAGUACUGUACAUGGUUCAUAAAGAAGAGUUUUUUUCUCUGAAAGUAUACAGUAAUAAUGUGAUCCGUCAUGAAACCUACACCGCACAGUACCGUUUCUUAGCCGCACGCGAGUACAUUGCAAUCAUGAACAUUUCACCUGCGCCGGGAAUAUUUCAACCCAAGCCGGUUCGUGUUUCCCAGCUACCGCGCUAUCGAAACCGCCAACAAAACAGAACAACCUUCGGCAAAGCCAAGGGAAUUGGUAAACUCGUGUGGGAUGCUGUACGCGAUACGUUCUACGACUUUGCGUCCAUGUCCAAAAUCCAUGGCAUGUACUAUCUGCAGCGACAGGUUACAACCGGAUUCGUGCGACUGCUUUGGAUCGCCAUCAUAGUAGCCUUCUUCGUCUUCGGCAUCGUACUGAUCUACCUGCUGUGGCAGAAGUUUGUCGAUUCGCCGACGCGUAUGACGAUUGCGUCCGAGAUGAAGAUUGUACAAGUUCCCUUUCCCGGCAUAACCCUGUGCCAUCCACAGAGUGUGGUCGACUAUAAGGCGGAACGAUUCGUAGAAAAGAUCAAACUGCCUCUCGGUGCGACGAAAGAAUCCGUGAUCAAAAAUUUACCUUCGCUGGGCUAUUUCACCGAGCAUCAGUGGACCUUUCCCAGGCCGCAAGACUUGCGGAUGAUUGACAACGUGCUGCAGCUGAACAACUACACCAUCGAGCAGGCCAUCGAUGAGCUGGGCAUGAUUUGUGAGGAUUUCAUACUGGUGUGCUACUGGGCGGGCAAGCAGUUCCCCUGCUUUGCCAAACACGCAUUCCUCGGGUGGAUAGGUUCCACGAGCCAUUACGGUGCGUGCUGCUCCUUCAACUAUCACCCAAACGUGCGCGGAAACAAGGACCCGUUCGUCGUCAAUACGUACGGCAUGCACGGGGGCCUGAGCGUCAUCGGCACCGGCUACCCGCAGGCAUCGGACGGCAAAUCAGGGGCACUCUACUCGGAAGGCUUUAUGCUCAUGAUACACCAUCCACACGAUUUCGCCGUCGAGGCGUCUCCACUUACCUUGAUACGCUUGGGUAAGGAGACGUUCGUUAAUGUUCUACCGACGGACUCGCGCUGCUCGGAGCAGGUCCUAGCACUACCCCAAAGCCAGCGAGAUUGUAUCGUCGGGAGCGACUUCAGUCCGCCGAUCGAAAGGUACCGCCAGCCAGCAUGCACGCUCGAAUGCUUGCGGAACGAGGUGCACCGAAAGUGCGGAUGCCAUCCGUUCCAUCUGCCCCGACCGAUGGUCGGUCGUAAUGGACAGGGCAUUAGAAACUGCACUGUCUACGAUUCAAUGUGUUUUGUAGAAAAUUACUAUAUGUUUAAAAGAUUGCAAUGCAAUUGCUUACCGUCGUGCAGUGAUGUAACGUACAAAACGGCCUCGAUUGUUUCCAACUUUUCUGCCUACAACUUUUCGAUUAAUCCGUUUUAUAAAGAAACGAAUCUCACUGAUUUUGAGUUCAUUUUCCACAUCUUUAUGAGCAAUCAGGCCGUGGCAGCCAACAGAAGAAUUGUCGUUGUGUCGUGGAUUUCGCUUCUGUCCAAUCUUGGUGGAGCAUUCAGCUUGUGUCUUGGCAUUAGCGUUCUCUCAUUGUUUGAAGUGUUGUUUUUCUCUAUUUUUCGUUUGAGAAAAAUGUAUCACAAACUAAAGCAGCGCCAGGAGCAGCAGAUCAAGCUUGUUGCUCCCUUCGCACGGUUGCAGAAAUUUUGAACGCAGGGUUUUUUGUAACGGUCUUAAUACAAUGUAUUGUUUGUUUGUUUGUUAUUUUGCAAAUAAUGAUUCAACAGUUUUUAUUUAUAUUUAGAUUGUACUGGUAUUAACGUUUAUUUUGUGUUGUUACAAUUUUCGUUUUGGUAAGAAACUUUACCAGCAAAAUUCUUGCAUCGCAUCAAUGCCACUAAUUUCACACUACACACUUUAUAUGAUGAGGUAGAGUAUUUAUCAUUGCAUAUCGAUUAACAAUUCUUCUUGCUUGGAAAGAAACACAAACGAACAUGAUUUGUAGUGAUUGUUGUGUGGUGUUGUAAUUUUUAUUGUUGAAUAAUUUGUUUUACGUCUGUCAAAUAACUACAUGCUUUCACGUCACUAACAAACUAGU